CGAGUACACGGUAGGGGGCCUUACAUGCUGUGACAUAAUAGGAUUGACAGCGAAAAAAAAAAAAAAAAAAACGAAAUCUAAAAGUUUUCUAAAUCAUUGUAUUCGGCCGGAGUAUACUAUUUUGUCGGGCAAGGGUGUAUUAAACAGUUUAUAUAUCCGAUUUAAAAUUAAGGAAACAUUUUUUUAUUCCAUUUUAUUUGGAAAAUGAUCAUUCCUACAGCUGCUAAUUCAUUUAGAAGCCAAUGUCUGGCUGCAAUGUUACUCAAAAGAAGUUUUGUGAAUUCCCCUAACCAAAGAACAUUUUUGGCGCCUGCCAAUGGAAUAAAACACAUGUCCACAAGCAUCAGCCAACAGUUUGACGAAGCACAGAAGAGAUUGCAGACAUUAAAAACAAGUCCAGGAAAUGAAGCCAAACUGAAGCUAUAUGGCUUAUUUAAGCAGGCAACUGCUGGAGCAGUUAACACAAAAAGACCUGGCAUGACAGAUUUUGUUGGUAAAGCAAAAUGGGAUGCUUGGAAUUCUCUGGGAUCAAUGUCUCAGGAGGAGGCUAAAAACAAAUAUAUAGAAUUUGUUGAUAGUCUUGUUGGACCUGCAAAUUCCACUGAAUCCUUGAAUGUAGUAGAAUCAUCAUCACCAGGAUUUGAUGUAACUAUCGAUGGAAAGCUCAGGAUCAUUACACUCAACAAGCCAACAACAAAAAAUGCCUUUACAUUAGGAAUGUAUGUGGGUUUUGCUAAGCUUUUAAAGGAGGCUGCGGAAGAUCCAAAUACGACUCUCGUUGCCGUAACUGGUGCUGGCAAUAUCUUUUCCAGUGGAAAUGACUUGACAUCCUUUACGUCUUUUACGGGCACCAUGCGUGAAGCUGCUGAAGAAGGAAAGCGUUGCUUGAGUAUAUUUGUGGGCUCGUUGAUUGACUUUCCGAAACCAAUUAUUGGGGUCGUUAAUGGACCUGCAGUAGGUAUAGCAUGUACAAUCCUAGGAUUAAUGGAUGUAGUGUACGCUACCGAUCGAGGAUGGUUUCAAACUCCUUUUAGUGCAUUGGGUCAAUCGCCAGAGGCUUGUUCUUCACAUAUUUUCCCUAAACUCAUGGGAUCUUUAAAAGCCAACGAAAUGCUUUUCUUCAACAAAACAAUAACCGCUACGGAGGCGUGCAAAUUAGGUUUGGUUACUUCAGUUUUGCCAGAUGCUAACUUUCAAAGUGAAGUAUGGCCAAAAUUAAAGGAAUGGUCCGAGCUUCCACAAAAGUCGUUGGUACACAGCAAAGAAUUGAGUCGUCAGUUUGACCGCGAGCUGUUGCACAAAGUCAAUGCAGCCGAAUGUGACCGGUUGCUCGAGCGCUGGCAAUCGUCAGACUGCAUGGAAGCUGUUAUGAAAUUUUUCAGCAAAAACGCCAAAUAACGCCUUACUUUGCUCUUUAAAAAAUCAAAAAAGAAGAAAACACAAAAAUCAAAUGCCAAAAAUCCAUAGAUAUGGCGCCUGAAAUAUUCAUGAAAUUUUUAAUACAAAUAUUUGAAUUUAUUAGUAA